GUGAGGUCGUGGAGCGCACGCCAGACCCGGCCCCGCCCGAAUGUCUGUGUAGAUAACCUAACUAGGAGGUGACGGUGGUGUGUAGCUUCUGCCUUUUGGCGACAGAGCAUAAGUCACCACGAAAGGGACGUCCACGACUUGCUGCUGCAUCAGGCAGCAGGGCAGAGGCGGGAUCUUCCCUCUGCUGGCGACCAACCCGUACCCCGCAACAAGCCAGGGCAGCAGCGAGCCAGCAGCACGCCAUGGAGGAAUCAACGCUCCCGACCAAGUUCAAGCACUCUCUAGCAGUGCAGGAUGCUGCUAUCCUCGUGCUAGAGGCCAUGGAAGGCAUCUAUCGGGCCAAGCCGCUGCCGACCGUCCUCUCGCGGCGCUGCCACCACUUGGCCGUGCACCUGAAGCCGGUGUCGGUAGCCGCCGUGGUCGGGCUGAUCGUGUUGACGUUCUUCGAGUUUCCUGCCUGGUGCAACGAGAGUACCGACGUUCCCUGCGACGACCACGGCACGGGACACCCCUCUUCCUACCUCCCGUUUGGGUAUGGGCUGUUGAUCGAGGCAUGUCUGCUCCUGCCCCUCUUCAUUCACCAGAUUGUGAAUGCCUUGGCAUACCGGGUCAAGAUGCUCUCCUUUAUGCUGCUGGAUUUGGCGCUGUUCUUGUACGCCCUUGAUCUGCUCGUUGCGGUGGUGCACGGACAGCCGCACAUUCGCAUCGCUCCAUACAUGCGUGCGCUUCUUCUGAUCGGGUACUCCACCGACAUGAUGGCCCAGAUGAAGCUGUUCGGGAAAAUCUUGACCGAGUUCGCGUCAAUCUUGUCGGUCGUCGCUAUGUUCCUUGGAUUCUUCGCUUGGUUCGGAAAUGUCACCUUUGCGGGAAAAGAACGAUCGGUUUACUUCCCAAACUUCGUGGACGCGUGCUGGAACCUGCUCGUGAUGCUCACCACCGCCAACUUCCCGGACGUUCUGGUGCCAGCCUACACCCGUAACCGCGCCGCCUGCCUCGUCUUCUUCCCCGCCGUGGUCUUGGGCGUCUUUGUCCUCAUGAACUUCCUGCUGGCGUCGACGUACGACAAGUACUCCCACGGGCACCGGGAGCUGCUGGACAAGAUGCUGCACAUGCGGAACAAGAACUGCGCCGCAGCGUUCGACCGUCUCGCCAUGGAUGGCGAAAGCAAAUUGAGCACCAGCGUGAUGGAGGAGCUCCUGACCGAGGUCAACGUAUGCCUGGGAGCAGGGCCGGCGGAGUUGGACAGGCUGGCGGCCGAUCAGAGAACGUUGCUGGUUGAGCUGAUGGACGACGACGGAGACUGUGGCAUCAGCAAGAACGAGUUCCAUGCCGUCAUCACGCUUCUCCAGCUACGGUUCGAGAAAAUUUCUCCAAAGACGUUCGUCGAGACAUGGCUCCCAGAUUUGUUCAACAGCAGCUUCUGGCAAUGGCUGUGCAAGAUCAUUAGGCACCCGUGGUUCGAGUACGGCGUAGACGCGGUGCUCGUGCUGAACGCCCUUCUUCUCCUGGUGGAAUCUGCCGAAGCACUCUCGGGAGAGGCUGUCCAAAGAGACGGUGGCAUCUCCGAAAACGACGCCUGGCUACAAGCGGAGGGGACGGAUCACGGACUCAACUCGCUGCUCGGCUGGGUGUAUGUGGUGGAAAUGACCCUCAAGAUUCUCGUGUUUGGCUGGAACGCAUACUGGUCCAAGAAUCGCAACCGGUUCGACGGGUUCAUCACCCUCGGAGGUGUUUUCACUGAACUCCUGCUCAAGACCACAAGGGUCUCUACCACUCUCAACCUGCACAACGUGGUGGUGUACUUCGUCACCUUCCGACUGCUGCGAGUCGCCCGCCUGAUGGUGGCUGUGCCUGAGAUGAGGAUCGUCAUAUCUACGUUCGGCAACAUCGCACCGGAAGCGUUUCAGUUCAUGAUGCUGCUCUUCAUCUGUGGGUUCACCUUCUGCGUGCUCGGAGUGCAGCUUUUCGGAGGCCUGGUUCAUUCCGACCCCGACAACCCAACCAACGAGCACCUCAAGGAUACGACAUACGGACAGUCAAACUACUGGGCUUUCAACUUUAACGACAUGCCGAGCGGGAUGGCGACUCUCUUCUGCCUUCUGGUUGUGAACAACUGGUUUGUGUUUGUGGAUGUCUUCGUCAAAGCUAGCGGCGACAACAAGUGGAAUCGAUGGUUCUUCGUGGCAUUCUAUGUGCUCGGCGUGCUCGUGAUCCUAAACGUGGUCAUCGCGGUUGUGCUGGAAAAUUUCACCUUUCAGUGGACAGCGAGGCGCAAGAGGCACGCGGAGAAAAUGAACUUCCUAGAGCAACACGCCCACGACCAGGGCGAGGAGGUGGAGGACCACCAGACCACCAGCAAGCCUAACGGGGCUCAGUACAGGGUUAAGCUGGCGUCUUCCGUCAAGAUGAUCGAGAAAGAUGACGUCAUCAAGCGGUUCCUUCAACUUGAGCAAAGAGACAGGGUUGGACACGUGUCCGACUCGACGCCUGAGGAUGAUCCCCUUGGCGACUCCAUGCGUCGGCUACUAGGAUUUGUGCGUGGCAACAGCAGCGGAACGGGUACACGCCAGCCCAUGCCCCAGGCUUCAUCACACCUGCUGGCAGGGGACCCCGCGCAGGACAGGGUGGUGGAGACCUUGCGGAGCGCCAGCAGCGUUGACGAGGACACACUUUUAUUGACCACUGUCGAUGCCGGCCUCCCGAACUAUGGCCAGCGCGGUGUCAGCAUCAGCAUCAGCAGCAACAGCAGCAUCAACAGCAACCCCGAGUAGAAAUGUGUUUCCGGAGGGUAUCCCGCUAUGAAAACAGACCAACCUUCAAGGAUAAGGAGGUGGGUCGCUACCGUCGCUGGUAAAGGUGCGGCAGGAAUAAUAACGGUGGCGUCGGCGGCGACAGCGGACGCAGCGGUCAUUCUCAACUUUCGUCGAUUUCUUCUUGAAUCGAUUGUUUCCGAUUUGCGUAUUCCCCUGGGUGAUUUUGAAUGUUUACGGUCUGGUCUGAGUGUUUUGCUGUUCGGUUCAAAUAUUUCACUGUCCAUCCUGCCGUAGUCGGCCAUACAUGUAUGUUAAGGCUCCACUUGUACAUGACUCGAUCCUAUCGUAAACCGUAUUUUAUCGAUUGUGGUCGUCCACAUUUUGAUGUGCAUGAAACCAAACGAAAUACGAAAGCGAGUUAAGCAAGCGACUAUCAGAGUAUAUUGUAGACCACCGUCGUUGUUCAAUCGGGGGUUUGAAAAUAUGGCUUGCUGCGGUGCACGUAUCCUGUGGGAUUACUACUGUCUGCUUGUUUUGGUCGGGAUGACGAGUUGAACCGAACUUGUGAUUGUAUCUACUUUGUCCUUCCGUUUCACAGUGGUCAGUGAUCGAUCGUUGAAGCCUGGUGUGACAAUACGAAAAUAUCGGGCUUGCCGCGUUGUACGUAUCCUGUAAAACUAUCUCUGCCUUUCGUAGGGAUCAACUAUUGAACCCAAAGUUGGUGAUUGUUUCUGCUUUGUCCUUUCACAGUUCUAGCCCUUGUCAGCCCGGUGUGAGAAUGCAAGAAUAUCGGGCUUGCCGUGGUGCACGUAUCCUGUGGGACUAUCUCUGUCCGCUGCUUUUCGUCGGGUUCACGAGGAACCCAAACGUGUGAUUGCACAUAUACAAAUGUAUGAUGUGCGUUGUCCUUCUGUUUCGCAGUUAUAGCCCUUUUAAGCUUGGCGUGAGAAUGCGAACAGUUAAUGCUUGGCGUGGUGCACGUAUCCUGUGGCACUUCUCUGGUUUUACUCGUUGGAAUCAAGAGUUAUUCGUGCCCCAGUUAUUGUAGAGACAUUCCUACCCAGCUGUUGGUUACGCUCAUACCGAUUGCGCUUCCCGUAGCAUAUCGGGUAGUAGGGAUAGCUCGUCCAGAUUAGCCCCAAGGAGGUGGCCAGAACAACAGCAUGUAUUUGCGCACGCUCGGUAUUCUCCAAUAUCUCCUUCAACUCGGCCUCUUCGGUUCGGCGGCGCAGAACGACCACCCCGAAAUCCGAAAACUGCGCCUGUCGCUGCGGAACCAGGGCUAUGA